AUGGUCAUUUUUUUCUUUGGAUUCAUCAUUGGCUGGUUUGCAAAGCCUGUGCUUUCAGAGACCGAAAAGCAUGCAGAGUCCAACAAGUAUCUGAAGGAGUUUUUAGGAGAAAUGAAAGCCGAAAAGAUAAGACAUCACCUGAGGAAAUUCACACGGCUUCCUCAUUUGGCUGGAACCGAGCAGAACCUGAAAUAUGCAGAGCAAAUCCGCAGAGAGUGGCAGGACUUUGGGCUGGACUCGGUGGAUCUGGUGCACUACGAUGUCCUGCUGUCCUAUCCCAACAAGACACACCCGAAUUACAUCUCCAUAGUGGACUCCCUGGGAAAUGAGGUCUUCAACACAUCUUUGGCUGAACCUGUCCCUGAAGGUUAUGAAGAUAUUCCAGACAUUGUGCCUCCGUACAGUGCAUUUUCGGCUAAAGGGAACCCAGAGGGUGAAAUGGUCUACGUCAAUUAUGGCAGGACAGAAGAUUUUUUCCAGUUGGAGAGAGAAAUGGGACUAAAUGUCACUGGGAAAAUUGUAAUUGUCAGAUAUGGAAAAAUAUUCCGGGGCAAUAAGGUGAAAAAUGCCAUCUUAUCAGGAGCAAAAGGAAUCAUCAUGUUUUCUGACCCAGCAGAUUACUGUGCUGAUGGAGUGCAGACUUACCCAGAAGGCUGGAACUUGCCUGGUGGAGGAGCUCAGAGAGGAAACGUGCUGAAUCUGAAUGGAGCAGGGGAUCCUCUUACACCUGGAUAUCCUGCCAAAGAAUAUACAUACAGAUACAAACUUGAGGAAGGAGUGGGACUACCCAAGAUCCCAGUGCAUCCUGUUGGAUACCAUGACGCCAUUAACUUGUUAAAGAACAUGGGAGGUCAGAUUCCACCCAACAACUGGAAGGGAAACUUGAAUGUGUCGUACAAGAUAGGACCAGGAUUCAUCAAUGACUACAAGAACUUUACAGUGCGUUUAAACAUCCACACAAACAACCAGGUGACAAGAAUCUAUAACGUAAUUGGCAAGAUCAGAGGUGCUAUUGAACCAGACAGAUAUGUGAUAUUGGGAGGACACAGAGAUGCUUGGGUUUUUGGAGGAAUCGACCCCAUGUCUGGUGCGGCAGUCGUCCAUGAGACUGUGAGGAGUGCAGGCCGACUGAUCAACAGGGGAUGGCGGCCGAGGAGGACUAUGAUAUUUGCCAGCUGGGAUGCAGAGGAGUUUGGUCUCCAGGGGUCUACAGAAUGGGCAGAGGAGAACGCAAAAGUGCUCCAAGAAAGAGCUGUGGCUUAUAUAAAUGCGGACUCUGCUAUAGAAGGUAUGUAUACAUUGAGGGUAGACUGCACGCCGUCUUUGCACACACUAGUGUAUGAAAUAACAAAGCAGAUCAGCAGCCCAGAGGAAGGAGAGGAGGACAUGUCUCUGUAUGAAAGCUGGCAUCGAAGAGACAACUGGACAAACCACCGCAACGCACCCAGAAUAAGUAAGCUGGGAUCUGGAAGUGACUUUGAGGCUUACUUCAUUCGUCUUGGAAUUGCGGCCGGCCGUGCGAGAUAUACCAAAAAUAAGAAAACUGAACGCUACAGCAGUUAUCCAGUGUACCACAGCGUGUAUGAAACCUUUGAGGUCGUGGACAAGUUCUAUGACCCCUCCUUCAGACGGCUGGAGGCGGUGGCGAGGGUCCGAGGAGGGUUGAUUUUCUCACUGGCUGAUUCCCUGCUCUUGCCUCUCAAUAUCAACGAAUAUGCAGACGCACUCCAGUUCUAUGCCACCAGCAUCUCCCAAAUUGCAGGCAGAAACCCGGACGAAAUGCAGAAAUAUGAAGUGUCUUUUGAUUCACUUUUUUCUGCGGCGGAUAACUUUACAACAGUAGCCAGAGACUUCCAUGAGAGGCUCGAGUCUCUGAACAAAGCAGAUCCAUUGCAGGUCCGAAUAGUGAAUGACCAGCUCAUGUACUUGGAGCGUGCGUUCAUCGACCCCUUGGGCUUACCAGACAGGCCAUUUUACCGGCACGUAAUCUUCGCUCCCAGUCGCCACAAUAAGUACGCAGGAGAGUCUUUCCCGGGAAUCUAUGAUGCAUUGUUUGACAUUGAAAACGCAGCUGACCCAGAGAAGUCCUGGGAUGAGGUCAAGCGUCAAAUCAGCAUAGCCACAUUCACCGUCCACGCGGCCGCCAUGACCCUCACGGUGCCUGCAUGA